UCAGUCUCACGCCCACUCCGAAAGUCCCACACUUUGUCGCUCUAUCUUCAGACUUGUUUUGCUCCCCAAAAAGGCCAAAAGUGGAACAUCCUAGGUGGGAAAGAAGCUUUAAAUUGUAGCACAAAGUUAUACAGAUGGCGUUGAGGCGCUUUUUAGGGUUUUCGGAUGGCGAGCUGAUGAGGUCGGAUGCAAAACCUUGUUCUAGAUUGAUGAGACAGACUGCUGGUAUUUUCAGUGUUGGCGGAGCAUUGGGAUUCUGGAUCCUUUGUAGACUGCAUUAUGGACCCAGAAUUACAGUUCCUAGGAGUCUUCGUUGGGCAGCAUGUGGCGCAGUUUCUAUGAGCUCAACCACUGCUUUGCUGGUUCGCUUAUUUAGUCCAGAGUGUGAGCCCCAAAACAUAGCUACUUAUGACAAAGGAAAUUAGCACUAAGUUCAUGAAAGUUUUAUUGCUAUUCUAAACGAGUUCAGUUGGGUUUGUUAAUCGUCAUAUGGGAGUGAUUCAAAUAUGGAUAUUUGGUUUUAUGCUAUAUGUAUUUUCCCUGAAAUGAAUGCACCAUUUGAUUAUGAAAUGAACA